AUGCCAGCUUCUGAGAGCUCUGCCUCUGCCAUUACCUCUAAAGAUUCACUUAGCUCUGCCGCAAAGCAAUCCUGCGAUCUGCUGGAGGUACGGCGCCGCCUGCACCAUGAAGCCGAUAUGGUAAUCGUAGGGGCCGGAAUCGCCGGAUGUGCAGCAGCAGUGGCUUUUGGGAAACAAGGACGCAGCGUUAUAUUGUUAGAAAGGAGUCUGAAAGAGCCGGAGAGAAUAGUCGGGGAACUGCUGCAGCCCGGUGGCGUGAGGGCGCUCGCAGAGUUGGGUCUCGCAGACUGUCUCGAAGGCAUCGACGCUGUGCCUUGCUACGGAUAUCAGGUUUCAUAUCAUAAGGAACCUGUCGACAUCCCCUACCCACCUACUGCGGACGCGCCUGAAGAACGGCCGGAAGGCAGGUCGUUUCAUCAUGGUCGAUUUAUUCAAAAGCUACGAGAGGCGGCGAAGCGAACGCCUAAUGUUACUAUCUUUGAGACUCGAGUGACGGAGGUGGUUCAAGAUACGCAUGGCACGGUGCUGGGAGUGCAAGCAGAGACUGGGGAAGAGAAGAAAAAGGACUGCUUCUUUGGCAGUGUCACCCUCAUAGCCGAUGGCUUUGCCUCAGAAUUCCGCAAAAUAUAUCUUCCCAACAAGCCGUCUGUUCGAUCCAAAUUCUGGGGCCUCGAACUUAUCGACGCUGACCUCCCUCGACCUUAUCACGGCCACGUAAUACUUUCUAACGCCCCCCCGAUCCUCCUCUACCAAAUUGGCACUCACGAAACCCGCAUCCUGAUUGAUGUGCCAGAAGGCCACCCAUCUGCCCAGCCCAGCGCUGGCGGAAUAAAAUGGCACAUGCUGAAUGUCGUACUGCCGGAGCUGCCAGCUGGCUGCCAGCAGAGCUUCCGUGAUGCUGUGGCACGCGGUAGGCUCCGAAGCAUGCCUAACUCCUUCCUGCCAUCGUCAAUUCAGAAAACCCCUGGGCUGAUUAUAGUGGGCGAUGCCAUGAACAUGCGCCAUCCGCUUACAGGUGGUGGCAUGACUGUUGCGUUUAACGACAUUAUACUAUUAUCGAAGCUCCUAGCACCGGAUGUUCUGCCAUCCCUGGAUGAUACAGGCGCAGUUGUACAGCAAAUGCGACGUUUUUACUGGGGGCGGAAGCAUGGCUCCAGCGUUAUCAAUAUCCUUGCUAUGGCCCUCUAUGCCCUCUUUGCUGGUGAGGAUACCUCGCUCACGACUCUCAAAAAUGGAUGUUUCCGCUAUUUCCAGCGCGGAGGCCGUUGUAUUGAGGAGCCAUGUGGUAUGCUUGCAGGCCUGCGAAAAGCACCGUCAUUACUUAUUGAACACUUUUUCACCGUUGCAUUUUAUGCCAUUUGGAUUAGAUUGUGUGAAGCUCCUCUCUGGCAGAAGCCAUGGGUCCUGGUGGUUGAGUCCGUUGUGGUGCUUUGGAAAGCGUGCAUGGUUAUCGGUCCGUACUUGCUCUGGGAGGUCAGAGGAUAG